UGUCAACAAUGUAGCGCUUGGGAGAAGGCGUUUCAUACCAGCGAUAGGCUACAAACAGGAGGAAGCUGCACGCUGUUUUCAGAGACAAAAACGGUAACAUUCACAGAAAAUCAAUCGUAACAGAGUAACCACGCUUUUACGGGUUAUAAUACGAACCAUUGAUGACUAUUGCUAAACACGCGCUUUCAGCAGUUUGGAGGGGGUGCAGCUGAAGUCACCAUGUGGAAUCAUUCUAAUUUGUAAAAGACCGACGAAGCGCUGACGUGCAAGGAAACGGGAAAGUUAAGGGCGUGAGCGGGAUGUCUGUGGAUGAGGGGGUCCACCCCGGGCCCAGGGAGGCGCCCCUGUACGUGUAUGAGUCCACGGUGCACUGUGCCAACGUCCUCCUCAGCCUGGAGGAGCAGCGGCGGCAGGACGUCCUGUGUGACGUGACGGUGCUGGUGGAGGGGACCGAGGUCCGGGCUCACCGAGCCGUCCUGGCUGCCAGCAGCAGAUAUUUCCUACAGGUGCUGCUGAGACACACCCACUCCGAGCAAGAGCCAAUCAUCAGCCUGCCUGACAAGGUCACAGCCAGGGGCUUCUCUCCGCUGCUUCAGUUUGCCUACACAGCCAAGCUGGUUCUGAGCAGAGAGAACAUCCAUGAAGUGAUCCGCUGUGCUGACUUCCUAGGCGUUCACAACCUCGAGGACUCGUGUUUCCGCUUCCUGCAGGCCCAGCUACACAGUGACACCACUGAUCACAACAACGGAUUCCUCUGCCGCGCGGAGCCGCCGCCGUCGACACACACCGAAGACCUCAUUGCGGGGGAGGAUGGAGGCGGAGGCUCCGUGUCAUCUGAGACACCCAAAGUGACGUCGUCCUCAGCGACGAGGCGGCGGCCCAAUCACUCAGCCCUCACGCCGCUCACAAGCGGCCUGACCUCUGACAUCCCACGUUGCCCCAAAUACAGGAAACGCCAGAGUGCAUGCACAAAGCACAAUGGAGAACACGAUGACGGCGACUCGUCGCACUGCCAUUCCUCAGCUUCUCCGGAAACCUUAGAGACCGGCGGCAGCCGCCAAGUGGGACACACCCACCCCCUUUCCCCCUCCAGAAUCAAAGAGGAGCCCUGUUCAGGGGGAGAGGAAAGCCCCCCUGGGCUGUCAGAGGACAGUCAGGAUGUCCUGGAGAUGGAGCUGGAGCCUUCAGAGCGUCCCACUAGGAGAAGCUCUCCCUCUUGCCUGCGCUCCUACCUCCAGCGGGGCGUCGUGGACUUCAGCAACUCAGCCAGCACUCUGCCCACCAGUCCUCUCAACCAGCCGCUGCUGACCAACAGACUCUCACUGGUCCACAACAGAGACACGGAACGGGACGGGGGGUCAUCUCAGGGGGGCGGGGUUAGGGACUUCAGGACAGUGUUGCCAGUUGUCAUGGAUAUGGAGGUGCUGGCAGGGGGGUUGGCCAUGAAGCCCCUCCCAUCAGAUGGAGUCGGCAGACAGGAAGCAGAGUUGGAUCGCCGCAGCAGUGUCAUCUUCUCCCCAGGGGCCAGUGACCGGCUGGGAACGGCGUCUCAUUCCUAUUCCGACCGGAAGUCCCUGGAAAAAGAUAUGAUGGAGAUCACCUCGAAAUCCUUGUGGACAGGUGUUAGUCAGUCUCCCUUUCACCAGACAUACUCUCCCCUGCCCUCCUCCGCCUCCUCUAUCACCCCCAGUGCUGCCCUCCAGGACCUCCUGCCGACCACGGCCUGUCGACCACGGCCCACCACCAGUUGCCCUCUGGCCAUAAAGAUCUCCCCCCGCUCGCCUCCCUGCGAACCCCGCACACGCACCUCCAGCUCCUGCUCAUCUUUUUCCUACCUGGAGGACGGGGGAAGCGGGGGCUCGCCCUCCAGCCUACCCCAGUUUGAGUUCUCCUCCUCCCCGUGCUCUGGGUCUGGCCUGGCUCGCUGCCUAGUGGGGGAGCAGAGGGAACAUGCUGGGAUGGUGGUGGGCCGCACCAAGAUCAAGUGUGAGCGGGGCUCGUACGGGGCCAACUCCAGUGAUGAAUCCGGGUCCUUCUCUGAGGGGGACAGUGAAUGCGGCCCGGCCAGAGAACCAGGCCCCGAGGUCAAACUUCCCUUCCCGGUGGAUCAGAUCACCAAUCUUCCGCGCAAUGACUUCCAGAUUAUGAUAAAGAUGCACAAACUGACCUCGGAGCAGCUGGAGUUCAUCCACGACAUCCGGCGGCGCAGUAAAAACCGCAUCGCCGCCCAGCGUUGCCGCAAGAGGAAACUGGACUGCAUCCAGAAUCUGGAGGUGGAGAUUCGCAAACUGGUGCAUGAGAAGGAGAAGCUGCUGAGUGAGAGGAACCAGCUGAAGGUGUGUAUGGGCGAGCUUUGGCAGAACCUCUCCUACCUCUCCCAGGCUGUGUCGCAGGGGGUGUGCCGGGAGGUACAGGCGAACCCUGCCAAGACCCACUCCCUGCCCCCCGCGCACGCACCCACUGGCCCCGCCUCCGCCGCCGACGGCAUCUACGUCACGGCCAGCAUCGACCUGACCUCCAGCCCCGGUUCCCCCGCCUUGGAGGGCAGCCUAUCUAAGUCGCACUGCGCCUCCGAAAGCCUGGCGGACAGGGGAGCUGGGAGGCGAGCAGGGAGGCGGAUCGGCGGGGAGACGGAGGUGCUCGUCGUGGGGCAGGUGGACCCCGAGUCGACCCUGGAGCCUGGAGCGUCUCCGGUCGUGUGUAGCCCCACUGUUUCGGUGGACUUCUGUCAGGAGAUGACUGAGAAAUGCACAACAGAAGAACAGCCUGUACAGAGCUGUACCUAGCUAGCGACGACCCAACAGCUCGCGACUGUUUGUCUUUUAUUGCUAUUAUGACACACAUCUCUACCUUGACAUAUAAAGUUUGAAGUACAUUUGUUAUCUGUGUUUUUGAAAGGACGGCACUACAGUGUCUUAUCAGCAAUACUGUUCAACAGGUUAAUGGACUUAUCAGUCUCCUCAUGGCAAAGCACUGGCAGCUUCCCCUCUCGCUCUCUCACUCACACUCUCUCACUCUCUCCCUCUUUCUCAUUAUAUGUCUCUCCCUAUUCUAUUUCUGCCCCACCCGCUCUCUCUGUCUCUCUCCCACCCUCCCUCUCUCUAGUGGGAGGUUAAACUCAGGAAUUCCUCUGAAUGUUUAAUAAUGUCUCUGUAAAAAGUUAUUUCGUUACAAAGUGUGCGUCUGAAGGGUUCUCCUGUACAGCUGAGAGUUGAAUGAACUAGCUCGCAUAUGCAAAGUUUCCUUCAACUAUAAUUUCAAAUAUUUUCUUUCCCCCUGCAUAGAUGGUUGAUUGUGUACAUUCCUCUUUUGCAUUUGGCACACAAUAAUAUCUGUGGUGAAAGAUAGAAAGAAUGAAAGAAAAAAAGAAAUGCAAGAUUCAACGUUAUGUUAGCUAAAGAGGGUAAUGGGAAUUGAACUGCACCAUUCAGAACCUCCUGGAGGUAUCAUAUGUCAUUUACCUUACCAAAUGGAUUGACAUCGGCACUUAGAAAUGAAAACCUCCAAGAAAGGUACUUAUAUUCAACCAAUAUGUCAAGGAUUAUCAUACUUAUCUGAACCAUAUAGCUCUUUUAGGGGUAGAAAUGUCCCAUGUUUAGUGAUGAAGUAGUGUUGAGGACCGAGGAGUUAGCCUUAACGUUUAGCGUAAAUCACAUGUGAUGAAGUAUUGGGAUGUAGAUUAACGGUGCAACGUAUUCCUUGCUUGAUAAUCCUUGUAAAUUCUUAAACGCAGGGGUGCAAUUUAUCCUCUAAACUUGUCCCAAUCAAGUGGAUUGUUGAAAACUAAUUCGAAGAUGUGCUUAAGUAGUUGCUGGUCCAUAGUAAUGCCAAACUCAGUUCAGUUGUGAAAGGUAGUUCUGUAGCAUGUAUCAGGCUUAGCUCAGUGGUUUCUUUGUUUUAUCUAGGAAUGUUGAAAUUUCAUUUUCUGUGAUUUCUUUCCAAUUGACAUCCUUUUAUUUUCCUUCGUAGUAUGAAGUACCAAUGACAGAACUCCACAGAAUGCACUGUUACUCUGAGUACACUGAAUAUACUGAUCAUCCCACUUGGUUAUUUUUUAAUUAGAGAAGUAAAUAUGAACAUGUUACCUUAUUUAUUUUGUCAAUGGUUCUGUGGGAGAAUGUGUUGGCACAAAAUGAAGGCCUGGAAACUUCCAGAGUCCUAAAAUUGAUUCUCUUGAUUUUUAAUAGUUGUUGUUUUUAUUGACAGUUUGGAUGAAAGACAAGUAUUUGUGUGUUACAUGAUUCACAAUGUCCUUAUUUAGCAUAAAUUAAGCUGAUGUUUCAAAAGAGGCGAGAGUGUUUACAAAUGUCUGUGUUACCUGUUUGUGUUUUUUAAAGAUUUUUCCAUGACAAGAGACUUUGCGUAAUCGGAUUGAUACGUUUUUAACCGUUUUUCAAGCUGAACAUGUAUACAAUUGCAAGUAAAUGAUAUGUUCACACAAGAUUUUAACAUUUGAAAAGUGCAGCUCCAAGUCUUGCCUUAGGGGUUUCCGAGGCCAAACUCAAGUGAAAGGGAAUGGAAGGUGUCAAUUAAAAACCAUACUGUGGGAAAACAACAUUCUGUCUAAACCAUGAAAUACGGUUGUUUUGAGUACAAACACAUUGUUUACUUUUUGAAGAAAGACACAUUGCAUUUGUUCUUAAUGUGCAUUGAUGAUGUUAUUUUGCCACAGUGCAGGUUUGAGUGAAUCCCAGCCUAAGUGUAUGCAGAGGCAAUGCCUCGUCUGAACAUUAUGGACUUUCACACUUAUCUACCUGUAAAAUUCUGCAUACCUCUCAUUUUGGGUCGAGGACUGUGUUGUACUGUAGGAUGAAGUUGUAUUUGGUGUUUCUAUUUUUACAUAGUGGUCAUUAUUAUUGUAAUAGUAGAUUUUUUGGUGGGACAUUUUUUAUGUGUCAUUAAAGGAAACUGCAAUAUGACUGUUAUUUGCAGAUUCAAUUUUGCUUCUCCCUUUUUAUCUUUGAAUGUUCAAAUUGCCUGAGUUUUUGUUACAUUGUAAAUAUUGUGUAACUGUUGUUUCUGUUCAUUUGAUAUGCAAAUGUUUUGGAGGAAAAAAAAACUUUUUGUCAUGACACCAUUUCUGUUUAUGGAUUAAAACAAAUAGCAU